UUGUAAAAAAAACAUUAAUAUAUAAAAAAACUAAAAUAUACAAAACUAAAAACCAAAAAUUAAAAAUUAAAAUCUAAAAAUAACUAAAACUUAAAUUUAAAAAAACUCUAAAAUCUAAAACAAAAAUCAAAACUUAAAAAAAUUUCAAAAAAUUAUAGCCUAAGAUAAUUAGACUAAGAAGUUGAUUGUUUGUAGAUUCUAGAAUAGAUUUGGCUUUUGUUUUCUAAAAUCUAUAUUUUAUCUAAUCAAAAUUAAGGUAAACUAGAUUCUCUACUUUUUAAGGAAACAUGAUUUUCAACUUUUUUAUAAUUAAUAAAUUAAUGAAUCAGUUAAAAACUACUAAAAGCAUGAAAAAUAAAUUAAAGAGUCAACUAACUUUACUUAAAACGUGAAAAUAAGCAAAAUAAUCUAAAAUCAUAGAGAACAUGACACAUAAGCAUAUAUAAUUAAAAGGUUUGAAAUAAUAAUAUUAUUUAAAUUAAUAAAUUAAUGAAUCAGCUAAAAAAUAUUUAAAACAUGAAAAAUAUAUUAAUGAAACAGCUAAAAUUACUUAAAACAUGAAAAUAACCAAAAUAAUCUAAAAUUAUGGAGUAAAUGACACAUAAGAAAAAUUAGAGCUAAAAUUACUUAAAACAUGACAAAAAAAACAAAAUAAUCUAAAACUAUGGAAAAUAUGACACAUAAGCAAAUUCACUUCUCAAAUAAUAGUAUAGAUAAACAUAUUAUAAAAUUAAAAUCUAAAAGAAUUUAAAAAAUAUUUUAGUGUAACAAAUAUAUAAUACUUAUGGCUAAAAUUACAUAAGGUUAAUGGUAUAUUGAUUAAAACAUAAUGAAAUUAACUUAUUUAAAUAAAAUAUUAAAGUUUGAUUUGCAUAGGCUAUUAUUAUUUUUGAUAUUUCUCAUGUGUUUAUAGAGCGGUAGAUACAACUCUUAUAUAUGUAAAAUAAUUAAUCUGCUGAAAAUAAUACAUGUUUUAUUUACGGAAAAGAUAGAUAAAAGUUGUCAUAUCAUUAGGGAAAAUCCAUAAAUUGGGGAUUCUGGGUUUUAUCUAUAAUAUUAUGAAUUUUUCUAAUGAUAUGACAACUUUUAUCUAUCUUUUCCGUAAAUAAAACAUUUAUUAUUCUAAGCAUCUUGCCAAAAACAUAUAGUCUCAUUUCAUGAACGUGUUCACUAAAUUUAGAAUAUUGAAACUUUUUAUACAUCCGUAUCACAAUACUAUUGUAUAAAAUGUAAACUUUAUGGAUAAUAUAAUUUAUAUGCCAUGCUAAGUUAUAUCAAUACUUUUUAACAUCCAUAUCAACUCGAGAUAAUAUUAUGUCAUUGGCCAUCUUAUUAUAUAAUUUUUCAAAUUUAUGUUAUAAAAUAUACUAUGCUGAAUAAACCAGAAACAAAUAGAAUGUUGUGCGGUUUGUUUCUAUGUUGUUGUAUAUUAGUUAGUUAUUAUUAGUAAUAUGUUAGUAUAAUAGUUCUGUAUACUCGAUCACAUCAACAAUAUAAUCAUAUUUUUAUUCUGAUUAUAAAUACUUAGAUACAAUAUAAAUAUAUUACUGGAAAAUAAAAUAUAUAAUCCAUGAUAAAUUUGAAUGAAUCGGAAAAAAAUGAUGUUAUUGGAUCUUGAUUAAGCUAUAUUUUAUUAAUGGAGUAAAUUUCGGUGUCAAAUAUUGAAUGCUCCAAUUCAAAAGAUUAAUAAAAUUUGAGUCAAUCAAAUAUUUUUGGAAUGAUUGACUUUCGUGUUUGUGGUGUCCAAGCUAAUGUCAAAAAGAUUCAUCUUAUUAAUUGUUCUUUCCAUGUAUUAUUUUGCUAUGUCAAUGGGUGAAUUAAAAGUAGAUAGAUAUGCAAAUUUCUUAAUUAUAGCCAUCGAUUUAUUACAGCGAUUUACUGUUUUAUACAUAUGUGGCCCCUAUAUUUGAAUCCAGUUUGUUUUGAGGAAAUUAUAUAUGUCUAAUGUACCACUAAUUUAGUGAUAAUAAUUAGUAAAUGUUUGCCUUAAACAUGUCUAACUCAUGUCCAUUACGUACGGUACCAUGCAAAUGUUUCAGCUUUUUUUAUUAGCUCAAACAUGUAUUUUAUUUUAUUUUAAAUAUAUAAAUUAGGAAAAAAAUUUAUAUUGGAGCGUUAAGCUCAAAUUUCAUCUACUAUCAAUCAUAUAUUUGAUAUAAUUAAUGGUAAAAAACAAUGGAAGAAUUGUGGUGUGUUUAAGAAAAAUAACUUUCCUUUUAAUAUAUACAUAUGUAAUGUAUAAUUUUGACAAAUAUAUAAUAUAUAGUUUCAAAUAAUCACCUCAUCCUGCCCAUGACGCAGGUUAUUAUCUAGUAGAAUUCUAUUUUAAUAGAGUAGAUGAGUACAAACCAUUAAUUAAAAACUAUGCAGGGCAAACAACGUAAAGUCAAACAUAGGUGAUUUUUUUUAAUCUUAUAUUAAUUUAAUAAUAGUAUAGAUAGUAUGUAAGUGAUAUUUAUCGUAAUUCGUAAUCAAUGUUAUAUUAUAAUAAUAUAUAAGUCCUAAUACAGAGAAAGUAUAGAGUAUUUGCAUUUCCUACCCACACAAUUUAUCAUAUUUAGUGAUCUACCUAAACACUCUGUUGGACACUGUCUUUGCCUUAAGUUUUACUCACUCCAUCAUCCCUAUUUCCCUCAAAGUUUUACUGUGUUAGGCAGAUUCUUAAUAUCUAAUUUCUUUUAGUAUUUCGAAACUAUAUAUGAUGCUAACUCUUUUUUAAAUAUUGAUUAAUAUUAAGCCACCAAGGAUAAGGUUCGAACAUAGUUUUAAAACAAGAAACCAGAACCAUAUCAGUAGGCAGGGAAGAUACAUGACCUAUAGGCUAUAACAACUUAGGCUGAAAGUAUUAAACAGUACACAAGAACAAACCGCACACACUUCAAAGGAAGAACACUUAGGGAAUUAGAUGCGAUGUCGCUGCCUCUGCAGUACUCAAAGCGAGAAGCCAGCUUGGACCACUGAUAGCUACGUAUGACUGGUACCUAUGUUAUGCGGUUACGCUAUCUGCAAACCGUUGGACCAUAACGUUCCGACCAGGAAGUACAUGUUUCAGUGACCAGACUUUCAGUUUUCUGUAUUCAGAAUUUGGUUAACCAAGUACUAAGAUAAAUUUCAAAAUAUUAUGUUGUGUGUUUUGAAUUUUUUUUUGUAGUUUCAUGUUUAUUGGUAGUUUGAAGAGGUAAAGAAGGUUAAAAGAGACGAAGGCUUGACCUUCUUAUUUUACUUUAUUAAAUAGAAUGUUUGAUAAAUGGUUAUGUUUUCAUAGUAUGAUACAUUGGUGUUUAAUAACACAAAGAUUAUUCAAAAGAUUAUUAUAAAUUUAUCAUACUGGUUUUAAAAUUUAUAAUAUAUGUACUAAUUAGUAUUCUUAAAAUGAUUAUGCCCGCAUGUGCGGGCAAAAUGCCUAGUUACAUAAGUAUUACACACAUUUAUCAUAGUAUUUAAAUUUUGUAGUUUGUUUAUAUAAAACUAACUAUUUGAUGUAGUAAUGUUUUGUAUGAUUUAAUAUUUUCAUAGUAAGUAAUAUCUUAUUAUUAAUAACUUUUAUUUUGUGAAUUUAACUUGAAAAAAAAAUAACAACUUAAAUAUAGUCAAAAUCAAAAAAUUACAAAUCAAAAAAUAGAUUACUAUUCAAUGUUUUCUAAAAACUACAAUUUACAGCAAAAUCCAAAAUUUAAAAACUAAAAACCAAAUUAAUCUUUCACAUUCUAUUUCAUCUUUCUUAGCUACACUCAUAAUAAAAGUUUGAACAAAUGGAUUUAGGGGAAAAAACUUGAACCACUAAAACAAUCUAAUUUCAUGGAAAAACAUGAAUAUAUAGUUAUAUAGAGUAGAUUAAUAAGGACGAAAGGAAUAAUAAUAAGGUUGUAUAUGAUUAAAUGUAUAUACUACAAAGAAAGAAAGGUAUAAUAUUAAACCUUUUUUCAAAAAAAGUAUAAUAUUUCAAAUAUAUUAUUUUGUUUGUAGUAACAUACAUACCCUUUGUUAAUCCAAUUUUCCACGUACAAAUAUUUUAAAAAGUAAUAACUCCCCACUCACUUUCUUAUAAAAAACAAGGCUCCUUCGCUUGCCAUCAUCACACCAUUACAAUUACCAUUAUAAUCAUCAUCUAGUAAAAUGGCUCCGGCGAAGAAGAUAGUAUUCAAAACAAAGCAUGAAUUGGCGGUGGAGCUGGCCAAAUACACAGCGAAUCUCUCCUCGAAAUUCUGCAAAGAAAGAGGAAUCUUCACCGUUGUUCUCUCCGGCGGCGACCUCAUCUCCUGGCUUUGGAAAUUGUUGGAACCUCCUUAUGCUGAUUCAAUUGAAUGGUCUAAGUGGCACAUUUUUUGGGUCGAUGAGAGGGUUUGUGGUUGGGAUGAUGCCGAUAGCAACUAUAAACUCGCAUACGACGGUUUUCUCUCCAAGGUUCCUGUUCCGGCCGAGAACAUCUAUGCCAUCGACAAAGGGCUCGGAGCUGAAGGCAAUGCCGAGCUCGCAGCCGAACGGUAUGAGGAAUGCCUCAAAGAAAAGGUGAACAAAAACAUAAUCCGAACAUACAAAUCCUCGGGUUUCCCACAAUUUGAUCUCCAGCUUCUAGGAAUGGGACCAGACGGUCACAUGGCGUCUUUGUUCCCGGGACAUGAUCAAAUCAAUGAAAAAGUGAAAUGGGUUACAUUUAUUACCGAUUCACCAAAACCCCCACCAAAAAGGAUCACUUUUACUCUACCGGUUAUCAAUUGUGCUUCAUACAAUGUUAUGGCCGUAUGUGAUAAAGAACAAGCCGAUUCGGUUGCGGCUGCUCUUACUCAUACCAAAGAUGUACCAGCUGGUAGACUAACAGCGGAUGUUGAAGUGGUCUGGUUCCUUGACCAAGCAGCUGCGUCUAAACUCAAAGGCUGGUGCUCUAUCCUUUGAUUUCAACGUUUGUGUGUCCAGUUGUAUCGGUUUUGUUUGGCUCGUUUGUAAACCGUGUAUUGCUAUUACUUGUUUAUGCUGUGUAACAUACCAAAUGAUUAAUUUGGUUUACAAGUAUUCUCUUUGGUUUUAAUAAUAAUUGGUUUCAUAAAUGA